GCUUAUCAGAAAGUGUGUAUAAAUUGACGAUGGAUAGCUUCAAAAUGUUUAUCACUACUCGUUAUGUACUAUUUUUAUUCGAUGAAACGCAACAGGCAAGUUAAACUAUUAUUUCACCAGGAAUAUCCAUAGAUUUUUGGUUUGUUUGGAAGUAAACACAAAAAUCAUGGUACCAGAUGUCAAGAAGAGAAUAGCCAUUGCAGGUGGCGGUUUCUCAGGAUGUGCUUUCAUCGCAAUGCUAAAAGAAGAGGGCGGCAUGGAGCCUAUCUGUUUUGAGAAAACAGACAGGCUAGGUGGCACUUGGAGCUACCGAGAAGAAUCCACCAUAGGAGUUCCUUCAAUCAUGCCAACAACAAUCAUCAACCACAGCAAAGAGAUCGGAGCGUUUAGCAACUAUCCUCCACCCAAAGAAUUGCCCAAUUAUAUGAAACACUCUGAACUCCAUGAGUUUUUCAUGAGCUAUGCAACUGAAAAAGGGGUCUUAAAUCACAUCCAGUACAAUUCAGAAGUCGUUGAGGUAAAACGGGCUGCUGAUUAUGAAAAGACUGGCAGGUGGAUCGUGAGCGUGAAAAAUACUCUAUCGGGUGAGGUCACUUCGGAUACAUAUGAUGGAGUGGCUAUUUGUGUGGGGCACAUUAAUGUACCGAAAUGGCCCUCAUAUGAAGGUCAAGACAAGUUUAAAGGAAAAAUAAUCCACUCCCACAGUGUGAAAGGUGUCGCACCAUACGAGAAGAAAAACGUAGUUGUCGUUGGAAUGGGUUGUUCUGGCUUAGAUGCUGCAGUUGAAAUUAGUAGUGUGGCAAAACAAGUUUAUCUAAGUACACGAACGGGAGCACAUGUUUUGAAUCGAGUUGGUCCUGAUGGUUUGCCAAUCGAUCAUGCCUUGGCCCGACGCUAUAUUACCUUUUUAAUUGACUUGUUACCGGCAAAUUUAUUAAGUUGGCUUCUUGAAACUGUCCUUAUUGAUCCGAAGUUUAACUCAAAUUUGUAUGCAGUCAAACCUAAGUUUCAUGUACUUUCUAAAGACCCAGUCUUGAACGACCAUCUUGCAUCAAAAUUGCUCUCUGGCUCUAUCAUUCAAAAACGGGACAUAUCAAAAUUCACCGAGAAUGGGGUCCUCUUUGAAGGCGAAUCGUCCGUCAAUGAAGCCGAUGUAGUCAUAAUGGCUACUGGCUACACAUGGAAGUUUCCUUUUCUUGAAGAAGACAUCCGUACAGAAAUGGAAAAACAGCUUACUUUGUACAAAUGCACAUGGUAUCCUGAUUUAAAGCAUUCCACAUUGGCCUUCGUGGGGUUCUUUCUACCGUUUGGUCCGUCUUUUCCAAUGGGAGAAAUGCAGUGUCGAUGGGUGGCCCAAGUGUUUGCAGGAAAUUUAAAACUACCUUCGAAGGAAAAAAUGAUGGAUGAUAUCAAGAAAAGGCUUGAAAUCAACGAGCAACGAUAUGCACCCUGCAGUAAACAAGGUGUUCGCGUCGAUUACACGCAGUUUCAAGACGAGAUUGCUGAACUAAUAGGUGCUAAACCGAAUUUUUACAAAAUGUUAUUUACAGAUCCGCAGCUCUGGUUCAAAUUAAUAUUUGGUCCUAGUGUUUCCUAUCAGUACAGACUACAAGGACCACAUCCAUGGGAAGGAGCUAGAGAAGCUAUUAUGAAAUGUGAUGAAAGAGUACUGUGGCCAUUAAAAAGAAAGGAAGUGGAAAGAGUGGAAUCGUCAUUUGUUAGAUUUGGGAAGAAAUUUCUAUAUUUCUUACUUCCUUUUUCAUAAAAAGGAGUUUUUCCUCUGUGUUAUUCAUCAAUUGAGAACUUCAAUAAAAUUAAAUUUGUCUUAA